UCGACCAGCUUGCUGUUUUGAGCUACAUUAAUGGAGACCUUGUUUUUUUGGGUAAACCUCCUCAUUGGGCUCGGUGUUAGAUCAGCGUUUGCCUUCCCACCCAAACAUUACAGACAACAUGCGCUGCUACAGGGACCUCAGAUCAGCAAAGGCACUCAGCAACAGAAGGCUCCGGCUGAGGGACGAGAGCAGGUGAACACUGUCAGGGUGACCUGCCACCCGGACUCGCUGGAGAUUGUUAUCAAAGCCGACAUGUUUGGAGUCGGAGCUCCUGUUAACAGUGAUGACUUGCGCCUUGGCGUGGAGCACAAUGAUUACUGUAGAGCCACAGCGUCUUCAAGAGAUGAGUAUGCAAUCUUCGUUGGACUAAUGGACUGUGGAACCAAACACUGGAUGACCGAGGACUCCCUGGUCUACACGAACCUCCUCAUGUACUCUCCUGUUGCCUCUCCAGAUGGUGUGAUUCGAAUGGAGGAGGCUGUGAUUCCGAUUGAGUGUCAUUAUGAAAGGAAGUACAGUUUGUCUAGUUCUUCACUGACGCCUACGUGGAUCCCCUUCACGGCAACACAAGCUGCAGUGGAAACCUUGGAUUUUGACUUGAGCGUUAUGACAAACGACUGGCUGUACGAAAGAAGUUCCAACGUGUAUUUCCUCGGUGACCCCAUCGCUAUCGAGGCCUCCGUCAGAGUUGGACAUCACAUGGGCCUCAGAGUAUUCAUUAGCAGCUGUGUGGCCACACUUGACCAGGACAUAUACUCUGUGCCUAGAUACAUCUUCAUUGAAAAUGGGUGCCUGGUUGACUCCCAGCUUCCAGGUUCAAAGUCUCACUACUUGCCCCGCACACAGGAUGACAAGCUCCACUUGGUCAUUGAUGCCUUUAGGUUUCAUGACGAGGACAGAGGAGAGCUCUACAUCACAUGUCACAUGAAUGCGGUUCCAGUAAAUGAUGCACAGGCAACAAACAAGGCGUGCACUUAUCUACAUGGAAGAUGGCGGUCAGCUGAUGGUAAUGACUACUUGUGUGGUCAAUGUCAAAGCCAAAAUGAAGUUGAACAAACCUCCGGUCUGCCCAGCAGCCCAGGAAAGUUUAGUCCUCGUGGGUUUAGGAAGCCAGCUGAGCCUGAAGCCUCCUGGAGGAGCGGACUGAAGACUAAAGUGUGGGAACAGGAGGCAAGAGUGGGUCCAAUGCUGGUCUUGCCGGCAAUGCAGAAAAGUGGGCCUCUACCUGUGGAAGAGCUGCCUCCUCUUCUCAAUAAGAUCAGCAGACCUGCUCUGUAUGGCAGCCAGUGGAGAAGUGGUGUAAAGGACAGAGGAACUUAUCUGGAGAAGGGACUGGUUCCUGGUCCAUCUUCACCAGAUGACGUGGAGGAUCAGAGUUUUGCUUCUGAGUGGGAUGAAGAUUUCAAAAGUGGAAAAGAUGGAGAUACAGAAAGUGAAUCUGAUGCUCUUCUGGUCACUUUGAACUCAGAAGAAGCAGCGCUGGACAAUAACGGCACAGCAGCCCUGAGUGAUGUCAGCCCCACUGCUCUGUUAACAUUGGACGUGACAACGCUGUCAAAUGCAACUGCUACAGACUCUGACCUUUCAGAUGCAAAAGACCCAAAGAGAUAUACUGGGAGGACAAUCUCAGAUAUCUUCUGCAUCGUAUUUAUAAUUCCGUCACAACCGGAGUCUCCAAAGUCUCCGGUCGUUAUGAUGGCAGGUCACUCAGCCUCUCUGGCCCUGCUGCUGUCACUUGCCUGCGUUGUUACAGAUGCAAUUCGUCCUUUAAAAGAAGGACCCAUGAUCGACGCUGAAGGAAGGGAAUAUAAAUCUGCGACAGUAAGAGCUGAUGCAGAAAGAAUCAGCACACUGCAGCUCAAAGACAGAUUCAGUGUCCGUGUGCAGUGCACAGGAAAGACUAUGAUCAUUGUGGUAAAGGAUGACGUGUAUAAAAAUGGACAUCUUAUGUCUCCUGGGGAGAUUUCUCUGGGAGAAGCGGGACAUUCACAGAGGAGUCGGUGCCGAGCUGUUGCUGCUGGUGACAGUGAAUACAUCAUUGAAGCUGAACUGCAAGACUGUGGCUCUAAAUUAACUAUAUCUGAGGACUACGUGACCUACUCAAACCAGCUGGUAAUCCCACCAGCUGCCAGUUAUCAUGCCAUUACAAGGAUGACCCAUACUAUAGUUCCUGUUUCCUGUCACUUUCAAAGGACACACUUGGUGAGCAGUGUUGCUGAGCAGCCGCCCCGGAACCUCUCUCCUCCUCCUGCAACGGAGCAGUCAGCUUUCUCUCUAAAGCUGAUGACCGAUGACUGGACACGUGAGAUGUCCUCCAGCGUCUUCUACCUUGGAGACCUGCUGCACCUCCAGGCAUCUUACAGCGGUCCUGAUUCAGGACAGAGACGGCUCUUCAUUGACAGCUGUGUUGCCACUCUGUCACCUGAUGCAACAUCAGUCCCCAGAUACUUCUUCAUAGAAAACCACGGGUGCCUGACUGAUGCAAAAGAGGGAGGAUUAAACACUCUGUUCAAACCCAGAGGGAGGGCUCAUUCGCUUCACCUGCAGCUUAAUGCUUUCCUCUUUCAACAGGAUUCAAGGACCUCAAUAUUUAUCACUUGCUGGCUGAAAGCUACCUCUGAAAUGUGGAAGAGUAGCCCCAUCAACAAGGCCUGCAACUAUGUGCAUUCAGGAUGGAAAAAUGUGGAUGGGAGAGAUGAUGUGUGUCAGUGUUGUGACAGCACCUGUCACAAAAGCUCUCCUGACUGGAACAAUAAGACGCAUCUGAGACGUCUGAUCCCUGAAGAUAUCAUGGCUUGUGGCACUGUGACUCUCGGCCCACUGAUGAUAGUCCCCAGCAAAUAGGCAACGAACAAAAGACUGAACAACA